AUGGCUGUAAAUUACCAGAAUAUGGAGACACCAGCUCCCGCAACAAAGUCAUGGACCCACAAAAUACUUACGUCACUCACAUUUUGGAUUGUUGUUAGCAUGAUUGUUGGUAUUUUACUUGGUCAAUUUGCUCCCGAUUUCUCCGAACAGGCUGCCCCAAUGAAAAAUAUUUUUCUUCGUACCGUGCAAUUUAUUGUCUUUCCACUUGUCUUUUCAUCCUUGUUGAUCGGAAUUGCUGACCAGAAGGAUAUGAAGCAGCUCGGUCGUCUUGCAUUGAAAUCGGUCAUUUAUUUUGAAUUUAUCACUGCUAUUGCUCUGGUCGUCGGUCUUAUUGCCGUCAAUCUCGUAAAACCUGGAAACGUUGGGUUACCUGAAGGUGAAGAGUAUGAAAGUGGAUCGGAUGCAGGCAUGACUUUUGAAAAGUUUAUCAAUCACUUGACGCCCAAAACAUGGGGUGAAAUGAUGGGUGGCUCAGGUUCGUCCGAGUUACUUCAGGUUCUAGUUGCUGCUAUUCUUACUGGUGUAGCCACCUCUCAGCUUAAGGAUGAGCAAAAGAAGUUGAUCAUUGACUUUGCCCGAGCCGUUCUUGAAAUGAUGUUUAAGUUUGUAGACAUUGUUAUAUGGACAGCUCCUUUGGGAGUAUGCUUUGCCAUUGCUGAUGCUGUCGGAUCGAAUGGACUUUCAUCUCUAGGUAGUCUAGGUGCUCUCGUUGCCACCGUUUACGUGACGAUCAUUUUGUUUAUUAUUAUUGUCUUUGGUUCCGUCUGUUUGGUAUUCAAGAUCAACGCUUUUGAGUUUUUAAAUGCUAUGCGAGAACCGCUCAUUAUUGCUUACACGACGGCAACGUCUGAAGCUGCUUUACCGAAAGUCUUUGAAGCCCUUGAAAAAUACGGUGUUGCUACUCACAUUUCAAGUUUUGUCGUUCCAUUUGGGUACUCAUUUAAUUUAGACGGUUCGACUCUUUACCUGUCUUUAGCUGCUGUAUUUUGUGCUCAAGCUGCAGGGGUUCAAAAGUCAAUUGGAGAACAAAUUGUUAUGGUGUUAAUGCUCAUGAUCUCCUCUAAAGGUGUUGCUGGGGUUCGGUCUGCUUCAAUCAUCGUCAUUGCCUCAACUCUCGACCAAUUUGACGUUCCGUCGUGGCCUGUUGCUCUAAUUCUUGGCGUGGACUGGAUCAUGGACAUGCUGCGUACGCUUACGAACGUCAUGGGGAAUUGUCUAGCUUCUGUUGUGAUGGCUAAGAUUGAAAAUGAGUUUCGUACAGAGCAGUGGGAACGCGAACAUAAUUUAAACCAAGGCGAAGACAAGAUGAGCGUGUCAGAUGAAAAGAGGAGUCAUGUGUCGGUUUUGUCAGCUGCAUCUGCUGUUUCUGUUGUUUAA